AUGUCACCUCCAAAGUUUGAGACGCAAGGACAUCAUGCCUACUGCCAGGCGAGCAUAGACGAAAGGCUCGAAUUUGGCGAAGUCCUGAAGUCGACGCCCACAGGAACUCGAUAUUUGCACAUAUAUGCUAACGAACUGCAAUGGACGUCUCUCCUUCCAGAUGGAUCGAAACCUGUCACCUUCGCUGGACUGACCAACUUGUCGAACCUCCGAGUCGUUCACAUAUUUGCGCGUUCAUUCGCAGCGAAUCUCAAACCGAACACCGUCAUCAGAUUCGAUGUCAAGGCCGCAAAUGGAGACCCUAAUCUCUUUCGACUGGCGAUCGUCUAUGAGACUUGUUCAUCUGGUCUGCAGAUCGGACAUGUCGGUCGUGCCGCCGGCCAGACCGACUCUCUUGCGACAAUUGCUCGUGUGAAUGGCAGCAGCUGUGCAGGUAUCCUUGUCGCUGCGCCUGUGGCAAUCAAAGAUAUCCCCAAAUCCAUUGUGCCCAUGAUGGAAUGGAGAAGAUAUCUCUAUGAGAUUCCACAAGUGCCUUUUGGCGAACUUGAGUCUUUCCAAGAUCUCGUUCCAGCAGCGCAAACCCAUCUACCUGGGCUGCUCCACUCACUCUUUGUGAGGGCCAGCAAACUGAUCUUCGAGGACGAUAAGACAAGUCGAGAGGUUGCCGUAUCCAUGCUGAAAUACGUUGUCAUUUGUACUCGCAACUCCCUUCGACAUGCAACUUUGUGCUUCCACUCCCAAAGGUUGCUGAGACCACUUGACCUAGCACGACAAGAGCCGGGUGUUCCGCCAUUCAGUACGGCUGCUCAGUGCUUCGAAAUUCCGAGAUUAGAAGUGGAUGCCUACCUGAUCAAUGCAGGCAAAUGGACGGACUAUUUGACCAGCCUUCAGAACUUUGAGCAGCUGAUGAGCACGACGAUCAAAUCAAACACUGCACUGAGAGAUGACCAGAAGAAGGCCAAUAAUGCCAUGCUAGAGAGCAUGAGUCUGCUCGCAAAAUCAUUCAUUGACGUCGAAGCGCUGAGAACAGAUGCUCAAGAUGCCCUCCUGCAGGCACUGAAACUUCAAAAGGAGUACCAGAAAAAGCAAGAAGACGUGGACAGCAAGUUUAAUGUUGUUCUCGCAGGCAUGGAGAGCCAUAAACGGGAUCAGAAAUCUGAAGAGGAUUAUCUCGCCGAAGAGGCCGUCUUCAACGCAAUCUUGAAGAGUCAAAUUCGCAGGUUCGUCGAUCCAAAGACCAUCGACUUCUUGGCUCCACUGACCGGGAUCAAAGUAUCUGCCGUAGCGCUCAAGCCUGGUGAAAAGAUCGAGGGAGCGUUCGAAAUGUUAGGUUUCGCACACGAGCAGUCUAAAAAGGAUGCGAAAGCUUCGGCGGCCCGUGAGAAGUUUGCAACUGCGAGUAAAUUCUUCAUUGAGCUCAUGCCAUAUCUGCUGUUUGAUGUCUCCCAAGUUCGCGAUACUUUCGAUUCUAUUCGACCGUACAUUGACGAGACAAAAGAGAGGCUCCACCUCUUGCAACCUGCUGAAGCCUCCGAAAUGUUCGGUAAACUGUCCGGUGGGCCUCCUCUCGACUUCUUCAGCUUGAGAAAUCGCUGGGAUACCUUCAAGGUCGGGUUCAGUCGUGCUUUCAAGGAUCUGCGCGAAGCUCUCAAAGAACUGUCAGAAACGCAUGAAAGUUCAGAGUUGGGCGAAAUCAACGGGCUGAACGACUACGAGGAUGAGAUCAAGAACAUGGCUAUCCAAGGUCGGACUUUGCUCGAAGCUAUACUGAAAGCGCUGGAGCUCUCGACCAAAUACUGCCGCGGAGUCAAGGAAUACAAGGCACGAGAAGAAGUGCAACAACAGAUCAAGAAGAUCGCACAGGACGUCAAGACCAACGGCGCGUUUGACAAAGAGCUUGCCACCAGGCAGAACGCGCUGCACACACUGCAGCAAUCAGUGCCAGACAUCAAGUACGCUAUCUAUGUGCGAUUCUUCGAAGCACUGCUCGGAUAUACAUAUCGUGUUGGAUCUGCCAAGCUCCCUUCCACCAUCAAGAUCGCGGCCGAUAUGGAUGCAGCCGGAUUUCAAAAGGCCCUUCGCGAGCUUCAAGAAUUGCUCAUGGAUAAGGACGACCUGUCGCAUGAAGAAGAUAUCGGCGAGAAAGGUGCCGCUGUCAUAUCGACCAAGAAUCCAGGCGCAUUUGACAAGGACUGGAAAAAGAUUCUGAGCAAAGAUGGGUUCUUGCCUUUCACUGUAUUGCCCGAAAACGUCGCGCUCAAGAACUACUAUCGAUGUCGCAUUACUGAUAUGUGGGCGACUUUCGUCGACAGCCACAGCAAAGAGAAAGAGAUCAGCUACCAGAUUUACGUCGGUCCCCACUUCUUGGACAAGAAUUCUGAGGGUCAGCUGUUGCAUUUUUACAUGAAGCCGUAUGUGCUUAGCAAGAUUGGAAAGGAGAAUAAGUGGACCGAGCAAGCUCAGAGGGCUUAUGCGAGACCUGCGGUGUUUUGUACUGGAGAAGUGUUGAUUGCGGACACAGACCGCAAAUUGAUGGACGAUGUGGUAUCGGUUUCCAUUUAUUUCAGAUUCAAAGGGGUGCCAAUUGCAUGGGCAAAACAUAAUUAA